ACUCAACUUUCCCAGACUAUUUUGAUUGAGUAAUCUACGAGUAUUACACCAAGAAAUUAUAAAAUUACAUAUUCGCUUUACUCUUCGGGGGUACUUCGAUUGAAUUUAUCUCUGCAAAACUAGAAUCUAGUGUCAGAUAGAGCCGUUCUAACGCACUGAUUUAGAUACUUUGGACGUUUGCUAGGAGCACUUCCACAAUGUUCUUCACUUUUGUCAUAGUCCUGUUAUCGUUACUCAUUUUCCUAGAUUGGGUGAACAAAAAACGUCGAAAUGAUAUCAUUUCUGGGAUGCCAGGGCCAAUAGCCAUCCCUAUCUUCGGCACUUUCUUCAUCUUCACCUUAAGGAGCGCAAAAGAUGUUAUGCGGGUUAUGACUCAAAAUAGUGAAUUCUAUAAUGGUUUAUCGCGGGCAUGGGUCUUUGACAAACUAUCGGUUAUGAUGACGCGGCCGAAGGAUCUUGAAGUGGUUUUAAGUAGUACGAAAUACAUCAAGAAGAGCGUUUUAUAUGAUUUCCUUAACUCAUGGCUCGGUCAAGGAUUACUAACCAGCACAGGAUCGAAAUGGCAUUCAAGGCGAAAGGUUAUUACUCCGGCGUUUCACUUCAAGAUCUUGGACCAAUUUGUAGAAAUCUUCGAUCAACAAAGUGCCAUUCUAGUGAAACAGUUGAGCAAGCACUCCAAUGAUGAGAAAGCUUUCAACGUGUAUCCUUAUAUCACUUUGGCUGCAUUGGAUGUUGUUUGUGAGACCGCCAUGGGUGUUAAAAUAAACGCUCAAAGCGAUUCUAAUUGCGAAUAUGUCCGCGCAGUAUCUGAUAUAACGGAAAUUGUAAUGCAUCGUUUCGCCAACAACUUUUUGCAGAAUGAUUUGAUUUUCAGUAUAUUUGCUUCAAAGGAAAGGCAAAGGCAGGAUGAGGCUCUCAAAGUGCUACAUGACUUUACCGAUACAGUGAUUCAACAAAGACGCAUUUCCUUGACACAAGAGCUGGCGGAAAAGAAAGCAAAUGAAACCAAUGAUGAUGACAUUGGAACUAAAAAGAAGAUACCAUUACUUGAUGUACUGCUUCAAUCCCAUAUCAAUGGUAAACCGCUCUCAAACGCAGAUAUCCGAGAAGAAGUCGACACAUUUAUGUUCGAGGGCCAUGAUACCACUACAUCGGGCAUCUGUUAUACCUUGUAUCUAAUAUCACGUCAUCCCGAUGUUCAGGCAAAAAUGUUCGAAGAGAUUCGUCAAGUUAUUGGGGACGAUAAAGAAAAACCAGUAACCCAAAGUGAUCUGCAAGAGUUAAAGUAUGUGGAAUGUGUUAUAAAGGAGAGCCUAAGGCUGUUUCCACCAGUGCCAAUAGUUGCAAGAGAAUUCACAGAGGAUACAUCUAUCCGUGGCUAUGGUAUCCCAGCUGGAACUGAAUUGACGAUACCAAUUUUCAUCAUAUUAAAGGAUGCGGAAAGCUUCCCGGAACCUGAAAAAUUCGAUCCCAAUCGUCACAACAUUGAAAGUUCUGCCGAAAAAUUAAAUCCCUACGCCUACAUUCCAUUCAGUGCAGGACCUCGGAAUUGUAUUGGACAGAAAUUCGCCAUGCUUGAGAUGAAAAGUACAAUAUCGAAAGUGCUAAGACACUAUGAACUGUUACCGUUGGGAGAGGAUCCGGAUCCAGUGAUAAAUCUUGUUUUAAGAUCAACGAAUGGUAUUAAUAUUGGCAUUAAACCAAGGGUGUAUUAUGAAACCCAGUCAAUCCGGUUGCAUUUCCUUCGAUUCAGUACCUUCAAGUACAUUCCAAAAAGACAAUAUUUAGAAACUUCGAAGCUUUCCGAAAUGCUGUUCACUUUAGCCAUAGUGGUUUUAUCAUUACUUGUUUUCCUGGAUUGGGUGAACAAAAAACGUCGUAAUGAUAUGUCUUCAUGGAUACCAGGACCAAUAAACAUACCUAUCUUCGGCACCCAUCUCAUUUUCAGAAUGAGGAGCGCAAAAGAUGUUAUGCAGAUUAUGCUGGAGGGUAGUAAGCUCAACGAUGGUUUAUCGCGGGCAUGGAUCGGUAACAAACUAACAGUAAUGAUGACUCGGCCCAAGGAUCUUGAAGUAGUUUUAAGCAGUACGAAACACAUCAAAAAGGCCGUUUUAUAUGAUUUCCUUAAUUCAUGGCUCGGUCAGGGAUUAUUAACCAGCACAGGACCGAAAUGGCAUUCAAGGCGCAAGGUUAUUACUCCGGCGUUUCACUUCAAGAUCUUAGAACAAUUUGUAGAAAUCUUCGAUCAGCAAAGUGCAAUUCUAGUGAAACAGUUGAGCAAGCACUCCAAUGCUGGUAAAGCUUUCAAUGUGUAUCCUUAUAUCACCUUAGCUGCAUUGGAUGUGGUUUGUGAAACUUCCAUGGGUGUUAAAAUAAAUGCUCAAAGUGACGCUUACUGCGAAUAUGUCCGCGCAGUUUCUGACAUAACAGAAAUCGUGAUGCAUCGUUUCUCAAACACCUUCUUGCAGAAUGAUUUGGUUUUCAGUAUAUUUGCUCCAAAGGAAAGGCGAAGGCAGGACGAGGCUCUCAAAGUGCUACAUGACUUCACCGAUACAGUGAUUCAACAAAGACGUAUAUCCUUGGAACAAGAGCUGGCUGAAAAAAAUCCAAAUGAAACCAACGAUGAUGACAUUGGACUUAAAAAGAAGAUACCGUUACUUGAUGUCCUGCUUCAAUCCCAAAUCAAUGGUAAACCGCUCACAAAUGAAGACAUCCGAGAAGAAGUCGACACAUUCAUGUUCGAGGGUCAUGAUACCACUACAUCGGGUAUUUGCUAUGCAUUGUAUCUAAUAUCACGUCAUCCCGAUGUUCAGGCAAAAAUGUUCGAAGAGAUUCGUCAAGUCAUUGGAGACGAUAAGGAAAAACCAGUAACCCAGAGUGAUCUACAGGAGUUGAAGUAUGUUGAAUGUGUUAUAAAGGAAAGCCUAAGACUGUUUCCACCAGUGCCAAUAGUUGCAAGGGAGUUCACAGCAGAUACAACUAUCCGUGGCAAUAGGAUCCCUUCAGGAACUGAAUUGACAAUCCCAAUUUUCAUUAUACUGAAAGAUCCACUAUGUUUCCCAGAUCCUGAAAAAUUCGAUCCGGAUCGUCACAACCUGGAAAAUGCUGUAGAAAAACUUGACCCUUACGCCUACAUUCCAUUCAGUGCAGGACCUCGAAAUUGUAUUGGACAGAAAUUCGCUAUGCUUGAGAUGAAAAGUACAAUAUCUAAAGUGCUGAGACACUAUGAACUGUUACCGUUUGGAAAGGAUCCGGAUCCAGUAAUAAAUCUUAUUUUGAGAUCAACGACUGGUAUUAAUAUCGGCAUUAAACCAAGGGUGUAUUAGUUUUUAAAUGAACUUUAUAAAUGUUUUCUAUGUUAAUAAUAAAGUUACCAAAACCGAA